GAUUCUUUUGAAGCUUUAGCAAAUUUAAGAAAAGAAAUAGAAAAUGUAAAGCAAAAUAUUAAUGAUAAGAAUAGUGAACAUGAAGAUGUAGGAGAAAUUUUUAACAAAGUAAAUGUUGAUGAUGGGUUGUUAUGUAGUAAUCCAACAGAAGUUUCUUAUUAUUCAAGUGGUUUAUUUGAAGAAAUUUGUUUUCAGUGUAGAAAAGUACCGGAAGAUGAAUGUAAUGAAUCUGAUAGAAAACUUGGUGCAGUAACUGCAAAGUGA